GACUUUCUUGCAGAAAUCAGACUUUAACAUGGAGGCAACUCGGAAAUGAUAGUCUGGUUUCGGAAGUGUAUGCGGAUGCCGAAACAAAUGUUUCUGGUUCAUCGCUUCCGUUUUUAAGGUUAUACUCAACUUCGAAUGAGAAUGAGUAUUUCCUUAUUCUGUUAAGUGGUCUUGCGAAAUUUAGUCAUCUUUAA